AUGAUUAUAGAAAAGUUUGAGUCACUGCUAAUUUUUUCUAGCAAUCAUGAUGACCAGAAUGACUCUGAUACAGGCAACCAGACACCCCGGUCUGGUUUUGCGACACCUCGGCCUGAUCCCGCAGAUAAAAGAUUGCCUGGGAUACUCUACAGUUACUUUGGACAAGUGGGCUCUGUAUCUUCUGCACUUCCAAGUCAUAGUAGUCAUGAUCCUCUAUCUUUUGGCUUAGCAGAGGCAAAUGAUUCAUCGCCACCGAAACUGGAGAAGCUAUACACAUCACAGCCGCCUUCGUUUAUUCCGUUGGUUCCCGCUGAAGGGCUAACGGCCAAAGAAGGCGCAAGAAACGCACAAAGUUCAGAAAGUAAUAAUUCCAAGACUACACACCCAUAUCCAACGCCGCCGGUUUCUCACACAAACUCAUUCCGAAACAUCCUAGGGGAAUUAAAUUCUGAGGAGGAAGAUCCCAUCACCAGGAAUGCGAAUGUAUCCCAGUUAUCAUCAUGUGGCUUUAUUUCACUACAAGAAACUUGCUCAAGAUCGGCUCCAUCAAUAGCUCGCAGCCAAUCUAUUGCCCCUCUAGCAUCGAAUUCUGUGGUGGCACACAAUUCAUCACUUAUUUCAAACUCUAUCAAUCUCGCUAAGCAAAAUAAAUCUGGACCACGCCUUCAUUCUUCACUAGGCUCCGAAAUUUCGUCAUCAUAUUCCACUCACCAAUCCAAACAAAAGGCAAAGCCUAUCAGUCAAAAGUCUUUUCCUUUAUCUCCCACUCACGCACUCUCUAACUCAACCGCAAAAUCUGCAGCCAGCUGCAGCUCUGACAUAGUCAAUGUAAAUGGCAAAGUCACUACUGCGGCUAAUCUCGCGAUAGAAGCCUCUAAUUUUCCAACACCGACUCCUUCUACCUCUGCUCCGGUAGUGAAAGGCAAGUUGGUGGUUAAGUUAGUUAAAGCUAGAAAUAUACGAAGCUGCAAAGACCCAUAUGUCGUAGCAGUCUUUCAAAGGAACGAGCUAGUUUCUAAAGGACCCUUAUCUGAGGAUGAAGAUAGAGAAAAAGCUGUCACAAGUAUUCCUGUAAUUGAAGGUUAUCCUAUCGCUCGCACAACUAGUGACUCGGGUCGUCCUAUGGCAAUACCUAUGAAGAGCCGGCAAAGUAGUAAUACUAGCAUUUCAGAUCAUCGAGACUUCAAGAAAGUAAAUAAAAUUGUGACGCAUCCCUUAUGGGACACUGAGGCCGUAUUUGAUGUGGUAGAUUCUGAUUCACGAGUGCUCAUAACCAUAUAUGAUCGAGGAACCGUGGCCGAGGAAUUCAUUGGCCAGGUUGAUCUUAAGGCGAACCUCACUGAGAAGGAAGGGUCACAAAUUACUGGUUGGUUUCCGCUGCGGGGCCGGAAUGAUGCGGAUACUGGAAACUUGGGAGAAAUUAAUGUAGAGAUAAACUUCCAGCCGACUGAGAAAAAACAUUACGGACCAGAAGAUUUCCAGAUCUUAAAACUGAUCGGAAAGGGUACUUUUGGACAAGUUUACCAGGUCCGAAAGAAAGAUACGAAGCGUAUUUAUGCAAUGAAAGUCCUCCAGAAGAAAGUAAUUGUGCAAAAGAAGGAAGUUGCGCAUACCCUCGGAGAGAGAAAUAUAUUGGUGAGGACCGCAAUGACAGACUCACCAUUUAUAGUCGGCUUGAAGUUCUCGUUUCAAACGCCUACUGACCUCUACUUGGUCACUGACUACAUGUCCGGCGGAGAGUUAUUCUGGCAUCUGCAAAAAGAGGGAAGAUUUGACGAAAGAAGAGCCAAAUUUUAUGUUGCUGAACUCAUUCUAGCUUUACAACAUCUGCAUAUGCAUGGUAUUGUUUAUCGAGAUUUAAAGCCAGAAAAUAUCUUGCUAGAUGCAAAUGGACAUGUUGCCCUCUGUGAUUUUGGUCUUUCUAAAGCAAACCUAACCAAGGACGACAAGACGAAAACGUUCUGUGGCACUACAGAAUAUCUCGCUCCGGAGGUUUUAUUGGACGAGAUUGGAUAUACAAAAAUGGUUGAUUUCUGGUCACUUGGUGUUCUUGUCUUCGAGAUGUGCUGUGGCUGGUCUCCUUUCUAUGCAGAAGACACUCAACAAAUGUACAAAAACAUUGCCUUUGGAAAAGUUCGUUUUCCACGCGAUACUCUCACAACUGAAGGUCGAAACUUUGUUAAGGGUCUCUUAAAUCGAAACCCUCGAAACCGUCUGGGUGCAAUAAAUGAGGCUGAGGAGUUGAAACAGCAUCCAUUUUUCGCAGAUAUUGACUGGGAGCUUCUGACUGCGAAAAAAAUAACUCCACCAUUCAAACCAAAGCUCAAGUCUGUGACGGAUACCUCUAAUUUUGAUCCUGAAUUCACGAACGCACUUAAUGAUGCUGGAUCUUUAAACGCAAGAGCCGCGGCACUAGCCGCUGGCAUAGCGACAUCUACACCAUUAAGUCCCGGAGUGCAGGCUAGCUUCGAAGGAUUUACCUUUGUUGACGAGAGCUCGAUGGACGAGUAUAUGAACGGAAUAGGUAUCGGCAACAACUGGGGAAAUACAGAUGAUGAUGAUAAUGAUCGACGAAACAACGAUGAUAAUUUUGGAUCAAAUAUUCUCCAAACUGUUCAAACUGUUCAUAUGAGUGGUGUUGCCAGGGGCGAUGGGAUUGGUAUCGAAGAUAGUCCAAUGUUCAAUGGCGGCCAUUUUGACAUGUAA